AAGAGGAAGAGGAAGAAAGAGUUUAUAAAGUUAGAGAAAAAAGGUUUCUGUAUCAUGGAUCGAAUAGUGUCCAACACAGCUCUGUGUUACAUCUAACACAGCUUUGUAUUACAUCUACGGUUACUCUUUAUUCUGUUACAACUAACCCAGUUAUAACCAGUACUCACUAAGCUCAUCUCAGCUCUAUCAACUAAGUCCAGCUCACUCCACUCUCAAUCCCAACAUUUCACCACUGCCUCCUCAGGGCUCAGUCUCCAAACAAUUUUCCUUUAGAUUUUUAUGAUUUUUAUUUUUCCUUAGUUGAAGUUUCCUUUGAACAAACUAUGAAUUAUUACAAUCAGCAGCUUGUUUAUGACAAAAUGCAGGGCCAAAAUAUCUCUAAUUUUAAGUUCGAACAUCAUCCCUAAUUACUGCUUUGAGUCCAUGAUCUUUGAAAGGAGAAUAAAAUUACAUGCUUCCCUUGGAGGAUCGUCUGCAAUGUUCAGCGAUUGUAAUAUAGCCUUGAAAUUCAGAAACUUCGGCAGCUAUCUACUCUUCUGCUCAGGACGUGGGUUAUGACCAAUACUUAUGAAAUACUGAGUAGUACCGUAGAGGUCACAGCUUGAAAGAAAAGGACAAAGAAUAAGCAAAGCAAGGCAGAGGCGUAGCUUUGACUCUUACUAUACUUUUUUUCCACUAUUCCAUUUCUAGCUGCCUCGUGUGAACCAAAUUUACUCAUAUAAUAGAGAAGAAAAUUAAUCAGUCGUGCACCAACGCCUAACAGACCAAAUAAGAAUGCAGCUUAAUAAUUGGAUUAAUCAACUCACCAUAAACAGGAAAUACAAUUUCUUACAACGAUACAAACACUAGGUAACAUAUAACUAAGGUGAGGCUUAUAGAAAGAAGCAACGUCAAGAAACCGAACUUAAAUUGUCCAUGUCAUACACAACUUGCCGGAUUCAACAGGUAAUAUGGGAAUGCGAUUUGGGAGAGAUCCUAUAGAAAGGUUUAUGCACAAGUAUAAAUACCUUUAGUUCUCAAAGGACUAGUGUGCCAAACACAUUAAUCACCAUCCUGAACUGCAAUAUUAUAUUCACUUCGCACUUCGCAGAAUGGCUUCAAUUCUUGAAAACAAACAAAUUUUUGUGGUGGUUUUGGUGAUGGGAAUCUUGGCAUCUCAAGCCUGGUCACGCUCGCUCAAAGAUGCAACCAUGACUGAGAAGCACGAAAUGUGGAUGGCUAAAUAUGGACGUGUUUAUAAAGACAAUGCAGAGAAGGAAAGACGCUUUAAUAUAUUCAAGGAGAAUGCGGAGUUUAUUGAAUCCUGCAACAAUGCUGGGAAUAAGCCUUACAAGCUAGACAUCAAUGAAUUUGCAGACCUAACUCAUGAAGAGUUCAGAGCCUCUAGAAAUGGAUACAAAAGGUCUUACAUUCCCAAGUCAUCAGAAGCAUCAUCAUUUAAGUACGAAAAUGUCACUGCAGUGCCAACCUCCAUUGACUGGAGGAAAAAAGGAGCAGUUACCCCCAUCAAGGACCAAGGCCAAUGUGGAUGUUGCUGGGCAUUUUCUGCUGUGGCAGCCAUGGAAGGGAUUACAAAGCUCUCAACAGGGAAGUUGAUCUCUCUUUCAGAGCAAGAACUAGUUGAUUGUGACACAAGUGGUGAAGACCAAGGCUGCGAAGGUGGCCUUAUGGAUGAUGCAUUUGAAUUCAUAAUACAAAAUGGAGGCCUAACUACUGAAGCCAAUUACCCCUACAAAGGAGAGGAUGGUACUUGCAACACAGGGAAGUCAUCUAAUCAUGCAGCCAGAAUUACUGGUUAUGAAGAUGUGCCCACCAACAGCGAGGAGGCACUAUUGAAGGCAGUAGCCAACCAUCCAGUUUCUGUUGCCAUUGAUGCCAGUGGAUCUGCCUUCCAAUUUUACUCAAAUGGGGUCUUUACAGGAGAUUGUGGAACUGAACUAGACCAUGGUGUUACUGCAGUGGGGUAUGGGACAAGUGAUGAUGGUACCAAGUAUUGGUUAGUGAAGAACUCUUGGGGAACUUCAUGGGGUGAGGAUGGAUACAUCAGAAUGGAAAGAGAUAUUGAAGCUAAGGAAGGCCUUUGUGGAAUAGCCAUGGAGCCUUCCUAUCCAACUGCAUAAAUGGCAGCAAAGUAUAGAUGGAUGGACCUUAAAAUCUAAAUAUCUAAUUCUCCAAAAAUAUAAGUUAUCAGGUGUGCUACUAUCUUAUUCUGUAAACUCUUGUAUUGCACUUGCAGUUUGUAUGUAUAUAAAGGUUUACUAUGGUAA